AUGUUACCCCUCCGCGCUCUCCUCCGACAGCCCGCCGUCCGGGCAGUAAUAUGCCGCCCACCGACCACUCGCGGCGUCUUCUUCCAGCCCGACCUCCUCCGGCGAACCGCCUACGGCCAUAAUGCGACGAUCCGAUCGCCUACCUACAGCCGCCUCUUCUCACAAACUCCACACCGUCCUGUACCCUCCCAUGACCCCCGUCACCAAAUAGACCAGCACUACCUUCAACAACAAUACCACCAGAACCGCCUUCAAUCAGCGAGGCCCCUCGUCACGAACGCGGGUCUCUGGCGCCUCGCAAAAUCUCGAGGCACUCAUUCCGUCAUCGUCGCCGCCUUCAUCGCCGCCAUUGCGUUCUACUUCUACAAUGUGCAAACCGUACCCGUAUCCGGCCGCAGGCGCUUCAAUUGCUACCCGGAGCACUACGUCGAGAAGGUCUCGGCCGAGCAAGUGCGGCGAAUUGUCCACGAGGUCGAGUCGCAGGGCGGACGUUUCCUGCCGUCAUGGGACCCGCGCGCGCAGAUGGUCGCGCGGGUCAUGCGCCGGCUGAUACCAGUGUCUGGCAUGGAGGGACAGGAGUGGGAGGUCCGGGUAAUUGACGACCCGCACACGCUCAACGCGUUUGUGCUGCCUGGAGGCAAGGUAUUCGUUCACAGCGGCAUUCUGAGAGUGACGAAGAACGAGCACGGUUUGGCUGCCGUGCUGGGGCACGAGAUUGCGCAUAACCUCGCCGAGCACGUCGGAGAGCGUAUGAGUUCGUCCAUUGGGCCUAAUAUCCUGCUGGGAAGCUUGGUGCUGUUGUCGGGAAUGUUCCCGCCGGCUAUCAUCCUGGUGCAGUAUCUGGGCUCGGGCCUGAUGGACCUGCUGUUCACGCGCCCGAUGGGACGGUUGCAGGAGAGCGAGGCGGAUUACAUCGGGCUGAUGCUCAUGGCCGAGGCCUGCUACGAUCCGCGCGAGGCCGUGUCUUUUUGGCAAAGGAUGGAUUGGGCGGCCAAGAGGGGCCAGGCGGAGGAGAUUCCAGAGUUUCUAAGCACGCAUCCCUCGAACGAACAUCGCAUUGAGAAAUGCAGAGAGUGGAUGCCAAAAGCUAUUGAAAAGUGGGAAGCCAGCGACUGUAAGGGAACUGCAAGCUUCGCAAACAUGUUCAGACGAGCAUUGGACAGGGGAAACAUGAUUGUGGAGUUCUAG